GUGCUGCAGGCGCAGCUGGAGGCGCUGCGCCAGGGCCAGGAGAACAUCCUGAGCAGCUGCGCCUUCACGGAGCAGGCGCUGCACCACGGCACGGCGCCCGAGGUGCUGCUCGUGCAGAAGCAGAUGAGCGAGCGGCUCAGCGCGCUCGCCAGCCACCACUUCCCCGAGCGGCCGCACGAGAACGCGCAGCUCGACUUCGCGGUGGAGACGGAGGGCGUGCGCCGCUCCAUCCUCAACCUGGGCGUGCUCAUCACCACGAGCGCCACGGCGCACGAGACGGUGGCCACGGGCGAGGGGCUGCGGCACGCCGUCGUGGGGCAGCCCUGCUCGCUCAGCGUCACCACCAAGGACAAGGACGGCGAGCUGGUGCGCAGCGGCAGCGCCAGCCUGCGCUUCCAGGUGACGGCGCCCGACGGCGCCGCCGCCGCCGCCGAGGUGCUCGACAACAAGAACGGCACCUACGAGCUGCUCUACACGCCGCGCGCCGAGGGCGACUUCGUGCUCUCCAUCCUGCUCUACGGGCAGCCCAUCCGCGGCAGCCCGUUCCGCGUGCGCGCCGUCAAGGCGAGCGACGUGCCGCCCUCGCCCGACGACGUCAAGCGCCGCGUCAAGUCGCCCGGCGGCGGCCACAUCCGCCAGAAGGCCGUGCGCCGCCCGUCCAGCAUGUACAGCAGCGGCAAGAGGAAGGAGAACCCCAUCGAGGACGAGCUCAUCUUCCGCGUGG